AUGUACCCAAAGCUCGUCGCAAUAGACACGGACUGGACCAUAUUCUGGGGCUGGCUCGAUGCCAAGACGUGGGGUAAAGGGCGCAAUGCCAGGUCCCAGGUUGAAGAUAACAUCGCGAAAGUCAAUGAGCGAGAAAUUCAUGAUCGGUCAAAUCAUAGCCUGAAGUGCGUGAUGUAUUCGGACAUUCCCCGCAUCAUCCAGGAUAUCAAGAAGCACGGCGCUAAACUCGCCAUCGUCUCUCGUAACACGGACAAGGCCAUGUGCGACCGUGCUCUAUGGUACUUUCACGUUCCUGACGAAAAUGGGCAUGAGCGUCCUCUCAUUGACCUCGUCGACUUCGACGAAGUCUACAAUUUGGAUAAGGUACAUCAUUUCAGCAAGAUCAAAGGCUGGACUCAGUACCACUACUCGGACAUGAUUCUAUAUGAUGACAAGGCUAUCAACAAUACCGUCGAGAUGAUGCUUGGAGUUACGUUUCAAGUCUCGCGCGACCAGAAGGGCUUGACAUGGAAAAACUAUCAAGACGGGCUCGCGACGUGGCGCCGUAACAAAGCGAUCCAUAGUCCGUGGCACGGGCUAGACGUCCACCUGUAUCCCAAGCGGAAGCUCAUAGGAUACUCGGGGAUGGACCUCGACACUAUCAAGCUCCUCGAGGCUGGAGGACGACGGCAGGAUCGUAAGGAAGCUGCUCGAUGGGGCUACGCGAUGUACGUCGCGGACAACCCAGCAAUUGCAAAGUACUUUUCCGACUGGAUCAAGAAGACUGCAUUCGGUCCUUCAGCACAGACCAUCGUCUGCGCUAUAUACGCACGCGAUGGCGAGAUCUUCGAGCGCAUGAACAAGAUCUGGGUUCCGGAUAAGCAGUCUUUGAAGAUAAAUGUGACGAAGGCCAGCGCCUUCCAAAUCGCUUGGAGCCAGGAAGACAGAGACCGUCAGGUGGCAGCCUGGGGCGUUCAAAAGCCGUACAUCCUGUUCGCGAGGCAUCCGAACAUGAAUGACCACAAGGGCCUCAAGUUCCCCGUUCCUAAUAACAAGCGAUGGAACGAGAUGGUCGUGUACGGUCAGGUUCAGGAGAACCUAAUUCUCACCGUGCGCAUGUCGGACAAGGAACUGGAUCAUGCGAUCAAGAACAUAGACACGUCCCACAUUCGUUACGGGAAGAAAUUUAGAGCAUGGAAUAUCACCGUGCCGGAGGAGACGCGACGAGGUUUCGAAAAGCACGGCGAAAAGUUCCCAUUGCCUUGA